AUGACUUGCUUGAAGAUUGCAUUCAACACACAUGCGCAAAACUUCUGUCUGCAGAUCGAACGUCUGAAGUCAUUUGCGACGAUGCAUGCAUGA